GGGGAGCGGGGAAAGGGGGUGGGAACCCCAGGCCUUCUCAUUGGCUGUUCCCCCCCCCCCCACUUGAUGUUCUGUCUCUCUGAUCUGGGCAUCUGGAAUCUCGCUAUGGAAUAGAAAUAGGGAGCCUGUCCGGCAAGAGGGGGCAGAAGGAGGGAGGAGGGAGGCUGAGGGUUGGCGCGGCCGCGGCAAAGCCAGGACGGCGUUGCAUCGCGGGCUCCCCGGAGCGGGGCACGGAUGGUUUUGGAUGACACCCACGAUCAAGGUGCUUAGAAAGUUUACCCCACCGAGUGCGCGGUGCUUUGCCUGACAGCCCCGGAGUGCGGAGAGGAGGAGGAGGAGGGCGGCCGCACGAUGGGGCAUCAGGUCCUAGGCUGCCUCGGCCAGGGGCUGGAGGCAGGAGCGCUUGUCCCCUGCCAGUGAGAGCUGGGCCCCCGGGCUCGCGGCGCUGAGCCCUCGCUGAACCCCCAUCUCCCCGGGCCAGGAUGGGCUACGCCGACCCUUCGGCCGGCCGGGAUUUGCUCGGAAAUCGAACUUUGUUCUUCAUCUUCAUCUGCGCCUUUGCCGUGGUGACCUUGCUGCAACAGAUCCUCUAUGGCCGAAACUACAUCAGGAGAGGACUGCAGUUUAGCUGGCACAAUGGGGAGAUGGCCAACUGGACCAACGGGCCCUCUAAUGUCACGGAAGACAGAGCAUUGCAGAGCAGCAGUGACACCAGCACCAGGUACUUCGAGUUUUAUGAGGGGCCUUUUGAAUAUAACUCCACCAGAUGCCUGGAACUUCGCCAUGACAUUUUGGAGGUGAAGGUGCUGUCCAUUGUAAAGAGCUCCAGGGUGAAGCAAUCAGAGCUGUUUGACAGGUGGAAGAGUCUCCAGAUGUGCAAAUGGGCAAUGAAUAUCUCAGAAGCCAAUCAGUUCAAGUCCACUCUUUCCAGGUGCUGUAAUGCUCCUUCCUUUCUCUUCACCACCCAGAAAAACACCCCUCUGGGCACAAAGCUCAAGUACGAGGUAGACACGAGUGGCAUCUACCACAUCAACCAGGAAAUCUUUCGCAUGUUUCCCAAGGACAUGCCGUACAACCGCUCUCAGUUUAAGAAGUGUGCAGUUGUGGGGAAUGGAGGCAUCCUGAAGAACAGCCGAUGUGGGAGAGAGAUUGAUAGUGCAGACUUCGUGUUCCGGUGUAACCUACCCCCAAUCUCAGAGAAGUACACAGGGGACGUUGGGGCAAAGACUGACGUUGUUACUGUGAACCCCAGCAUCAUAACAGAGAGGUUCCACAAGUUGGAGAAGUGGAGGCGACCUUUCUACCAGGUGUUGCAGGUCUAUGAGAAUGCUUCGGUACUCCUUCCGGCCUUCUACAACACCCGUAACACUGACGUCUCCAUCCGCGUCAAGUAUGUGCUGGAUGAUUUUGAGUCCCCGCAAGCGGUCUAUUAUUUUCACCCUCAGUACCUGAUCAACGUGUCCCGCUACUGGCUCAACCUCGGGGUGCGCGCCAAGCGCAUCAGUACGGGGCUGAUCCUGGUGACCGCGGCCCUGGAACUCUGUGAGGAGGUCCACUUGUUCGGCUUCUGGGCCUUUCCCAUGAAUCCCUCGGGGCUCUUCAUCACUCACCACUACUAUGACAACGUCAAGCCCCGCCCCGGCUUCCACGCCAUGCCGUCUGAGAUCUUUAACUUUCUCCACCUGCACAGCCGGGGCAUCCUCCGAGUCCACACGGGCACCUGCAAUUGCUGCUGAUGAGGCAGGCGGCCGGCUGGCCUGUCUUUCCAGCCCUCUCUUCUCUUCCUUCCUUCCUUCCAGCAUCCGAGGACAGUAGGGAAACAUGGGAAGAGAUAGGGAGAAGUGGGCCAAGCCCAGCAUUUAUGCAAUAGUUUUUGAAGAAUGGGGCCACAUUGCCAGGGCUUCAUACCCCUUGCACUUUGGAGUGGGUGAGGAAGAAAAUGGGAAAAUAGGGUAAAGUUACCCCUAUUGCUAAGUAUUAGUCCUCCUUAUCCUCUACUCACCCAUGUGCCCAGUGAGUAAGUCCUCCUUUUUGGGGGGGAAGGGGAAGAAAAUCUUCCGUCUUGUCCAUUGAUUGAGCAAGGAGUGGGGCCCUGGAAAUAUAAGUGAAUAAGCACAUUGCCGCUAAAUUUUAGCAACUGAGUGAGCACAAGCUGUCAUGGCUUUUUUCACAGCUUCAGAAAAUCACUAAAGGGAAGCAGUGGAGGAUUCAAGCAGGUGUUGGAUUUCUUUCAAUGGUUUGCUUUCCUGAAUUUUAUGAUGGGCUUUUAGUGAUUCUUUGAUAUUGAUCAUAGAGCCAUAGAAUAUCAUAGCUCAGUUGGACUUUGGAGAUUAUCCUGUUCAACUGUCCCAGAAAUGAAGGCCUAGAGAAGGUGACUUUGUUCAAGGUCAUCCAACCAGACCGACUUCACUCUUUUGCCAUAGUAGGAUCUGGUUCAGGGCUUAUCCGAUACAUAGAUAGGCUCUUUGACUAAAUGGUUAUUUUUGUUUAUUUGUUUUUGUUUUUCUAGAACUAAACAAAAUUUUAUUUUCUUCUCAGUGCCUACAGGCUUAACUUAGGGUUUGAAAUCUAAGAAAGGAAAUAAGCCAGAUCAGCCAACUAUACUAAGAUUUCCAAGGCUAGUGUUACAAACUCAUUAAAAUCAUAGCAGCUCAUUUUCUCAUCUGCCUUCUUGUUCUCAGCUCCAUUUCAGCCGGGGGAUACAUAUUAGAUAUAUUUAGAUGCCUUGGAGGGCCAACUAACAGCUCUAAAGUGAACAAUUUAAUGCCUCCAGACAGUAAAAAGACUGACCCAAAAUGGUCUGUCCAGGAGGGAGGAGUUAGUCCUAUCUGUCAGACACCAGCAUUAUUAACAUUUCUUUUGGGUCUUGCUAAAGGACAAGGAAGAAAUCCUAGAGAUUCAUUUCCACGCCCCUCCCCCCCUUCAGAUUGAUGAUCUUCAUGAACAGGGUGUAAACUUUUGAUAUGGAGCCUGGAGGAAGUUAGCUAUCUUAUGUCCAGUCUAGAGUAUGUAAACAUAAUGUUAACCUCUUACCUCUGACUUAUACCAUUCCUCCCUCCUCCUUCCCGCUUUGGAAUUUCUGUAUAUGGUAUAGUUUCUUUGUCAAUUGCCUUAGAAGUUAGAUAGCCCAUAAUAGACUUGUAGAAUGUCAGAGCUGGAAGGGACCUUAGAGAGCCUUUAGUUUUACCUCCCCUCCCACUGGCCCCACAUUUGAGAGAGAAAUCAACUUGAGGCCCAGAGAGGGAUAGUGAUUUCUUCAGAGAUACACAGCUAGUUAGUGGUGGACUCUAAAGUAGAAUCCAGUCCUACUGCUUUCCUUAGGAAGCUUCAGCCCUUUUCAUCAAUACAGGUGACUCCCAAUCCCAGGCUCAUGUUUGUUCCUCCACAUGUCUUUUCUGCCAAGUUUAAAUUCUCCAUCCCAGAGAAGGAUUUUCAGAGAUUUCUCCUCUAUCCUGGCUGUUCUUGAAAUCCUCUUGCCCUAUAUUGUGCAGAGGGGGCUGCUCCUUCUUUCACAAGACCCCAGAUACUGCAUAUGCUCUCUGGGUAAUAUUCAUACCAAGAAUAAGAAAAGACAAUGUCUUGCAUUUGUACAGGGAUUUAUGCUUUUCUAAGCGCUUCGACAGCUCUUCAGAGCUACCCCUAGAAUAUGAAAAGUUGGGGUAAUAACCUUGGGUUCUGUGUUUUGGGGGGCUCACUUGGCUAAGGGGACCAGGUGGCUGGGCAGUGUUUCAGAGAGACACCUAGUAGGGGAAAAAGACUUGGCCAACCCUGCCAUCUGGUGCUUUAAAAGACCUGAGGCUGCUAAUUAUUCCACCCACCUGUGAACUACUCCUUCCCCCAUCCAGCACCAGGGGCUGGAUUCCUUUCCAUACUCUUCUCUAUGGCUGCAUGGUUUCCUUUUGUGACAUUUUUUAUCCUUUUCUCUUUAACAGUAUCCUUGAUGGCUACUGUAACAUGAUUUCACCUGUAUAUAAAUACUGGGGAAAGGGAGAAUCCAUAUAUAUGAUUUGCCUGAAGCCCUAUGUAGAGGGAUAUAGCCCUCUGCUCAUUAUCUUACUGUGUUACUGAGUUAUUGAAAUAAUAUCGUGGGUUAGGUACAGCAGGUAUUAUUGUUCCUCUUUGACAGAUAGGGAAACUGAGGUGAAGUGACUUCCCCAAUUUUGACAUUUUGCAAUGGGCAUCAUUGGGACAGAAUAAUGGUAACUUCAUUUUGGAAUGCCGAGUUGUUUAUAGUAUCUAUCACUAAAAAUUGAUUAGGGUCAAGGAUGGAUGGUCAGAACAGGGUACAAGACCCAUAGUUCCCUCACUAUAUAGUGUAUGAUGGCAAUUUUGCUUUAGAGACACUUGAGAGGAAAUACCCCCACUGGACCUCAGCAUACAACAAGCACCACCACUAGGACCCCAGAUCAGCACCAGUUAACUGCCAGAUCUCCAUGGCCUCCAGCAGCACCCACCACCUCCUCCAUCUCACCUCCCUCAGGGCAGCACCAGACACAAGGGUACCCUGUGGAUCUCAGGACAACAUCAAUGCAGCAUCAGGUAAACAGCCAGGGCCUGCAGCCACUGGCACAAGAAGCCUAAGACAGAACUCUUUCCAUCCUGGGAGCAGAGUUCAAAUUUAAAGGAAAAGGGCCAAAAAAAAAAAAUCAGCAAAAAACAAAGAAAAGAAUCAGAUCACAGAAUGUUAUUAUGGUGACAGGGAAAAUAAGACACAAACUCAGAAGAGGACAUCAGUGUCAAAAUACCUAUGGGCAAAACUCCAAAGAUAAAUGGGAAGUGGAUGCAAGUCCAGAAAGAACUGAUGGAAGAAGCUUAGAGACAAAUGAAAGAACUAAGGAUUUGGGGGCAGGCAUCUUCCUUAACCCAUAUGGUGUGAUAACAAACAGAUAGGAACCAGGUUCUGUUUUUACCAUGCUUGCAAAUGGAGGUAGGGAGGAGUUUACCCAAGAAUUACACAUACUAUUCUUUAGCUAUACCUAAUUAUACCUAAUUAUAUCCACCAAUAGAGCAUAAACUUAAGAGUUUUUUCCCCCAGUGGUGGGAAUGGGGUCUACAGUAUGUCAAACACAUUCUUUAGUCUUAUAACCAGUAUCACACUCCUGUGUAAUGGUGAGCCAGGAUUAAAAUUCAAUCUAUGGCCAAGAUUGGAGUCAAUUUGUAACCUUAGGUACAGGCAAAAUCUGGACGUAACUGGAGGUGCAAUCAGAAGCUAGAGCUAACAUUCACCAUCAUGUAAGAGGUAUGGGUAAGAGUAGAAUUGCUUGCAACUUCCUAGACACAGCUGUUACCAAGAAAGCAGCAGCCCCUGGCUUUACCAGCAAAGACCCCCGGACCGGGCUUGUUCUGUCCUUGUUGCAAAAUCACUGAGAUAAGGCAAGACUUAGCACAGUGAGAUGUUUUGUACUUUUCUCUCCCACCGUUUAUUUAAAUAAUAGCAAUAAUAUCAACCAUUCAGUGACUGAGAGGCACUGUGGCCCAGUGGAUGGAUAUCUUAGAAUCACAAAGACUCAGGUUGAUGGAGCAAAUCACUUAAUCUCUUAGUGCUCCAAGGAGCUCUGAGACUCUAGUUGGAGAACUGUUACUCAUCUGCAUUGGGAGGAAUUCCUUACACUAAUGAAGUCAAACAAACACUCUUUAAAAAAUUCUGGGUACAAGUUAAGUGGAGUUUCACAACUUGAAGUUAUCAGCAACAGUUCUAAUUCUGGCUUUCCUUUUUUAUUAUGAGGAAAGUCUCCAGCUUUCUCCUACUCAUGUUUCAAGAAACCAAAGGCCCAGGGCCUUUGGUCAGGCUGCGGCCUCCUGGCACGCUGCCAUGAUGACCGCUGCUGCAGCUGCAUGGGGGCUUGCUCUAACUUGGGCUUCCCAUGCAGAGCUAGCCUGUACACUCUGUUUUCCAGAAGGAGGGAGAACUUUGAGCUAAUUUCAGCAGUCCUUAUAUCAUCUUUUCCUAUAUUCACUUCAUUAUGCCUCUUUCUCCAAAGAAAAUUGGAGUAAAAAAAGAUGGAAAGAGAUAUGGCGUAGUGACUUUGGUCUUAGUGCCAAUUUUGUAGUUCAGUUGUGUCUGACUCUUCCUAACCCUAUUUGGGUUUUUCUUGGCAAAAAUACUGAAGUGGUUUGCCAUUUCCUUCUCUGGCUCAUUUUACAGAUAAGAAAAGUGAGGCAAAUAGGGUUAAGUGACUUGCUCAGGGUCACACAGCUGGGAAGUGUCUGAGACCAGGUUUGAACUCAGACAGUUAUUCCAUCCACUGUGUACGCAACUGUUCCUUGAUGCUCUCUUUUGUCCUAAUCAAGAGAUUGCUUUUAAGAAUCAGCCCAAAGUUUCAAUGAGGAACAAUCUGGAAGAUUCUAAGUCUACUAUAGGAAAAAUCUCAAGUGGGAUGACCUGAGAUCUAUCUAGGAAGGCUGCUCCUUUCCUGAGUAGAGACAUUUCCCUUAGCAAUCUAUACCAUAGAAUAGAGUUUCUCCAGAGAGACUCUGGUCCAGAGUUUAGCACAGUGGUGCUUAAUAAAUAUUUAUUGACCGAUUUGAUGUACACAAGAGUAAAACUUAGGAUUUGGGCUUUAUUAGUGUGAUUUUUUGAACCACUGGUCUGUCUUCUUGCUAAACAAUUUUUGUUUGCUAGACAUACAAAAUAUGCUAGGUACUGUACCAGGUACUGGGGAUACAAAUAGAAAAUGUAGAAAACAGGAUUAAAAUAGAAAAGUGAGGAAAAAUGGCUGCCCUCAAGGAGUUUCCAUUUGGUUAAUUGCUGCUAAUUUUUGUGGUUCCCUUGGAAGUCUGGCUGGGCCUUGGGGGUCAUAGUGUGAUUGAAGUUACAGGCUAUUGUAGGGCUAGAGUUGGGAGAGUCAGUCUCUUUAAGUGGCAGGGGAGAUAGAAAUCUCCUCAACCACAGUCAGAACCAGAUUUCUCCUAGAAAUUGUUUUCUUUUUCUUGUCUUGGAGGCUUUUGCUUCUAGGAUCAUCUCCUAAGCUUCUCAAGCUUCUGCUUUGGCUCAGAUCUAAGCCUCUAGUUGCAUGUAUGUAUUAGAUAGUAUAUAUUCUUGGUCAUUCACAGACGAAAUAGGUUCAGGAGUCUAGUAAGAGAAUAGAAAAGUCUUUCCUAAGCUGUUAAGAAUCAUCCUAGGGGGCAGUUAGGUGGAGCAGUGGAUAGAGUACCAGCUCUGAAGUCGGGAGGACCUGAGUUCAAAUCAGAUCUCAGACACUUAACACUUUCUAGCUGUGUGACCCUGGGCAAGUCACUUAACCCCAAUUGCCUCAGCAAAAAAAAAAAAAAAAAAAAAAAAAAAAAAAGAGAGAGAGAGAGAGAAUCAUCCUAGGCCCAUGCUUUAGGAACCCCACGAUUAACCAGAAUGGUUAGUGUGACCCAGGAAUAUAACAUGAUAAAGAGAGAUGACUGGGACUCUGCCAGCUGAAGCUAUAAAAGAUUUGAGACUCAGAUUCUUAUCAAUAGUUAUCAUUGCCUACUAGCUCCUACUAACUCACCAAGGCCAUUUUUCUUUUCCACAAACUUCAGGCUACUUUUUUGGAACUUCUGUCCCCUUUUAAUGUUGCCCUUUUCCCACAAGUUUUUAGGGAGUUGGGAAAAGAGCACACAAUUCAAUAUUCUAAAGCCUGUAUCCCAAGAUGCUGUCCUUGAAAUUAAAUAGCUUGCAGUCUCAUAGCCACUAAGACUGUAUUAAAAAAAUACUUCCAGUCAGGAGAGGAACAGCCUUCCCAGACUUUCAACAGUCAUCUGUAUUAGACCAAGAACCCCUAGAUCUAACUGGGGCCACCCUGCCACUGUCUCUUCCACCUUGAUUAGCUUCCAGAGGAGCCCUGAUCAUCCUAUAAUUCUCCUUGUGGAAGGGAGGAUAGACCCUCCCCUCUUAGUUCAGUCCAGACAAGAUUUGAGUCUUUUCAAAAUCAUAAUAUUAAAGUAACUAAGGGAAAGUAAACAAAAUAAAGGAUUUAGGAAUAUUUAGAACAGAGAAACCUAUAGUGAAGCUAAGGACAUUGAAGGCUAUAGAGUUUGAAUUACCUAAAAGGGAAAUCUGUCCUGGCCUUAUUCUUCUCUGUUUGCCCUGGCAAAUGCUCUAGCAAGCUAAAGCUGAUUCUACCCUCCAGGGAUUAUCUUGUCUCCUUCACUUAUUAUAGUCUUUGUUCCUGGGCUGGCAUCAAGCCCCGCUGGGCCACAGUUCUGUGCCCUUGAUGGCUGCCAACAUAAUCAUGACCCCCUUAAAUCUGCCACAGAUCAUGAGCGGCUAUAAAGCAUGGAAUAUUAGAGAUGAAAUGGACCUUAGAGAUCAUCCCCCUCGUUUUAUAGAUGUGGGGAAACCAAAGCUUAGAGCAGGAGAAAUGAGUAGUCACAUGGUAACACAGUAGGUAACAGUGCUUUGUGCUAGGUAGUGGAGCUAGAAGUCAUGUUUAGUUUUCCCAACUCUUGCCAAGGGCUACCCUUGCCAGGCCCUAAUAACCCACUGGUUUGGACUUCCUACCAAUUUUCUUCCAAGUUGGUCUGAUCAAAGAUGGCAGAAGUAUUUUAAGCUGUGUGAAUGUUCACCCAUUUCUUAGCUCAGAUUAGUAACGGUAUUCACUUAAUCGGGCAAUUUUUUGAUCAUUUCUUUCUCUUGAGCUUUCUGAUUGUUAAGGUAAAAAAAAGGUUUUUUGUUUUUUUUGUUUUUUUAAUGUUAGGCGUAAUCCCAUGAAGUUGGACUGACAUUUUCAAAUCACCAAGAGCUUGUAUAAUAUCUUUAUCAGAAAAAAGGAUAUAUCUUAUGGGCUGACUUUACAAUGUUUUUCAUUUCCCAAAGGCCAGAAGACAUUGGCUCAAUUUUUUUUCCACCUGGAUAAUUAUAAGACCAUAGGAUUUAAAACUGGAAGGCACCUUAGCUAUCAACUAAUCCAAUCUGUUCAUUUCACAGAUAAUAGAACUGAGAUUCAGAGAAUAGAACCAGGAUUCGAGCUGGAUUCUAAAUCCAGUGAUCUUUCCAUGGCAGCCUACCACCAUUUAUUUUAGCCAGUUGACCACCAAUUUCUUCAUCCCUUAAGGAUUCUGUCUCCAUUAAGAUAAGGCCUCAGUGCUUGUGUGUGUCUUGGAGUAAGUAUGUAUGGGAGAUUUGUAAUCCUAUGAAAAGCCUUGUUAGUAAUUUAUUAAUGAGCUCUCAGUGCUCCAGCAUGGUCCCUGAAAGGGCUAUUUCAAUGAGAGAGAUUGAGGAGGCAGAUCUGAGACUAGGACAUGAGAGCCUGCUAGGGUGGUAAAAGUAGGGAGGGCCCAGUAUGUGUGUGUGUGCAGUUUAGUGAUACUAAGAUCUGAAAAUUAAUUGUCAAUGAAGUAUCCUGAGGACUGAGCCUUAUUCUAGUGAGGUUAUUCCUGUAUCUCUCUUUGCAGCUAGGUAUUUUCUGAGAAGUGGUAUGUAAACUGAUUUUUUGGUCAAUCAAAUACUAUUUUAAGUGUACCAGGUGAGUCACUUGGUGCUUAAAUGAACACAUCCUUUCCCCUACCUAAUAUUUAGCAAAACAAAAGAUUCUUUCUCUCUCCAGUGAAUAGCUGAACUGUCCCUCCCUCUCCCCAGCUCCUUAAAUUGUCUUUUAAAUGGUGGCAUUCUUAGGCUUUGCCCUAUAAACAUGUAUCUCUACAGCAAAAGGGUCCUCAUGAUGGAGAGAAAUAGAAUUUGAAGGAAAUACUGAGUCACCUCGCUUGGUUCAAUCAAACUGACUAAAUGGGUCCUAGAGAGGUGGUAUUUAAUUCCUAAAUUAUUUGCAUGAAAUGAAAUGCAGCCCAAGGUCUAAGAAAGUGUAUUGGGAAUCCUUAGUUUUCCCAGGUUGUCUUUCUCUACAGAUACCAGUGCUCUUGCCACCUCCUGACAGCCUCUCUGGGAUUCUCUUUGUGGAUUUGUCAGGAGCCCUACAUUUAGCCUUCCCCAUGGCAAAUUUCCAUGAUGCCAGGCAGCCUGUUGAGAUUUGCAAGGGCCCAAGUCACUGCUAUGCCCUUCUACUAUAUUUAAACUUACACUGAAGUGGAUAUUGCCUCUACAAAUACAGAUUGCAAACAUUCUUUGCCUUCUUAACCUCCCCAAUGACUGUGUCUGUCUUUCUCCAGAUGUUGAGGGGGGUUCUACCUAAGGCUUUCCUCUAGGCUUUUUUUUAUAUUUCAUGGGUCUUAGUACAGUAGGGCAAAUAAUCUACUCGUCACCUCUAGCUCACCUGCCUUUUCAGCCAAACAUGUCCUUGGUAGAGUCAGAAGGAACCUCAGAAACAUUAAUUUCAACCCACUCGUUUUUGUAAGUGAGGAACUGAAGUUCAGAGGAGAUUAAGUUACAUAAUGGUAUACAGCUAGUAAAUCUGAGACAAGACUUGAACCUAGACCUUGGUUUUGAGUCCAGUGCCCUAUUUAUUACGUGUUGUUGGAGAUAAGUUGCAGUGUGCUCAUACCUGCCACUGCAUUUUCCCAUUGCCCUUUGGCCGGCAUGCAGUUUUGAUUCUUUGGCAAUUGUGAUGCUCCAUGAUGUGUGGUUAUAUAGCACUUCUGGUGCUCAGGGAAGAAGCUCCCUUGCUUCUUGGGGUCUAGAAUGAAUUCCCUGAAAUCACUUAGCUAGCAUUGCAUUAAGGGCUUUUCAAGUGUCUCCUAAAUAUAUAAGCUUUAAGAGAAGGAAACCAGGGCAAAGGUUUACUUGAAAGCCAACUUCAUAGUGAAGGACAAAUAAGAUUUUAUUACUUAAAAGUUUCAAAUGUGUGGAUGCUCCCUUCCCCAGUAUAUAUCACUACCCCUCCCUGCAUUCCAUACGCUUCCAUGAAUUAAUGAAGGACCAAAAGAUUUUAUCGAAUGGUGGGGAAUCUCAAGAUUAUUAACCCCUGCAAACUUAACCAAAUUGGUUUUCAAAUAAUAGACAUAAAAUGUAUUGCAAUUUCUAUAUUUAAGUCCGUUUCAUUUUGGAAAGGGCCAAUUGUAGCUUUUGCACUGUUGGCAAAGCAUCCAAAAAGUCAAAGUUAUUUUUUUGGAAUCAGAAGAGCAUAUUUCUACAAUAUAAGAAAAGGAGCUAUAUGGAAAUAGGCCAGGGAAUGUAGACUCAGAGAUAUCAGUCCUUCUACACACAAGGACACACUCUCCCAUGGGUCCCAUAUCAACUGUAGAAAGAGGGACAAUUCAUAAGUUGAACAAGUCCUGCAUCCAGGUUGCAUCCUGAUCAAACUGCUCUCUUCCUCAAAGGCUACCAUUUACUCACUGUGUCCUCCCAGAGCUACUAAUGUAGUUUGCUAGGCUGCUUUCUCUGUUGAGCUUCCUGUUGCUUCUUCCCUAAAUUAUAGCUUCUCAUUGGCUUCUUCUCUCCAGAGUGUUUACAAUUUUUGGGUGAGCCAGCCCAUAGCCUCAGGGCUAUUUCUGCUCUUUUGUGAGUCAAACACACAGCCAACAUGAGCCAGCACAGCAAGAAUCCCUCAGGUCAAGUCAGUCUUUUUGACUACUUACCCCCUUUUCCAGCAGAAACCUCCCCAGGCUUCCUUUUGGGAUUAGGGUAAAUUCCUUUCAACUCCCAGCAUAUCCUGGCAGCUAGCACCAGGCCUUAUAGAUUUCUCUGGAGCUUGACUUAGCAAUACUGGGGUAACAGGGUAGAGCUGAUAAUUUCUGUCCUAUAUUCUCCACAUCACUGUUGUCCUCAUACAGUUGUCAUCAUCAUCAUCAUCAUUUACAUGUGUAUAGUACUUUACACUUCUCAAAUCCCAAAUAAGAUGGAUUAUCUUAUUUGGUGUUCAUUGCAACCCUGUGCAAUACGUAGAGAAAAAGACUUUGUUUUCCUAAUUUUACACAUAGGAAAACUAAAGCAUUGUUACCUGAGUGAUUUGCCUAAGAAUUCGCAGAAUGAGUCAAAUAUUUGCCAAUCAAAAAUAUUUAUUUGGUGUCUGCUAAAUGUAAGACAUUGCUGUAGAUGCUGUGAGUAUACAGAGAUGCAAAACAUUGUUACUGCUUUCAUGAGCUUAUGGUCUAGGGCGAAAGAGAAGACAUAUCUACAGAAAUCAGAAAAAGGAACUAUUACAAAAUCAUGUAUGAUCGGUGCAAAUGAUUGGGAUACGUGAGGCUGGGGAGUCCAAAAGUAGGAAAGAUUGCCCUCUGCUAAGGUGAUUGUUCAAAUAAUAUUUAUUGAGUAUUACUGAGUCUUUAAUCAAGGGAGAGGUCACUGAGGAGAGAGGAUUUCAUUUAAUACAAGGAGAUGAAAUAGAAUUAGGAAAAGAAAAGGGAAGAUAUUUUACAUGGGAAAAAUAGAAUAAAUGCCCAGAGGCAGGAGUAAGCAUGAUAUCCAGGGGGCAAUGAGAUAAUUGGUCUGGCUAGAUCAUAGGGAAUGUAUAAGGAGAAGAAUGGGAAUCUAUAACUGUGACUAUAAUUCAAGCCUCUAGAUUCCCAUUUCAAAUGAUCUAUCCACUAAGGCAAUGAUUCUCAAAGUAUGGUCUAGAGAAUCCUGGGGAUCUCUGAAACCCUUUUAGAGGGUCUACAAAUUCAAAAAUAGUUUUUAUUUCCAAUAUGGUAAAUAUCUGUAAAUAUGAUCCAGAUAAACAAAAACUCUUUGGAGAGAUCCUCAAUAAUUUUUAAUAAGAUAAAGAUACUGAAAACAAAAGUUUGAGAACCACUGCUGACUAAGGCUUGCAAAUUAAAGCACAGAGGCUGGAAUUGAGACAUUAAACAGAAAUGGGAAAGGAUCUCAAAAGAUAAAAUACCUUCCCCUUUCCAUGUGUUCCUCUCUCAUGAACCAGCAUUAAAAAGCCACUAUGAGAACUGGGUUCCUACCUCAACCCCUCCUUGCACUGUUCCCAGGUUUCUCUCCCUCAGGGAGUAGAUCCUUAAUACCAGCCGUGAGGGUGCUCCAGUAAGUAUUUAGCUGGCUCUGGUAUUUCAAAGUUAUGCGCUAGAUUCUCUAGCACCAAUAUCCUGAUGGAGGACUUUUGCUAUUGGAGAUUACUGUUAUCAAAACAAGGAAAAUCCAAUCUGGCAAAAUUAUAGGAAAUACUCAUAAGAGCCUAGAAAAAAAGGUGGAAAAAAUGGUCUGUCCUGGUCGAAAUGGACCCCACAAAGUCCAUUGAGAGGAAAGCCUCUCAAUAAGUUAGUUAUAGGAUAGUAAAAUGACCCAUAAAUUAGCAAGACAAAGUUAAAUCAUGUCAUUUAUCCUCUGUUUAAGAAGAUAAAGAUAUGGUAGUACAUUUUUGAGAAAUUUUUCUCUAAAAUGGUCAAAAUAAAGAAAAAAGGUUUUGUGUUUAGAGAGUAAAUUCCGUUUACACAUGAAAUCCAUUUCUACAUAAAAUUAGUUAAUUUGCCAAGGAAGCUCUCAGGACUGUAUAUAUAAACUAAUUUUAACUUGCACUCUUCUGAGAGUCAGCCCAUAGAAAUGUGAGGGAUUUUAGUUGCCUUUUUGCCAAGAGGGAGUGUAUUGUAUCUACUCAUACUUCUUUCAGGGAAAGAUUCUGCACUAACAAAGUGCUGGUGGUACCAGGACAUCUUCCCUCCUUCUCUUUCUCCAACUCUGCUCCCAAUGCUAAGCCCAAACUUGUACUGGGCUUGAAGGGGAAGAAGCAAUUAAUAUCCAGCUGGCUUCUGAGACUGGUUCUCUUAUCUGAGGAAUGCUUAUUAAUUGAGUAAUAGCAAUCCCUUAUAUUUAUGUUAUAGCCUUUUACAUUUUCAGUAUCUCAUCUGAUCAUCACAGUACCCAGUCAGGUGGAAAGGGUAUGCAUUAUUUUCACUUUGUAGGCAGAUUCCCAGAAUCAUAGAUGAUAAGAUUUGGAAGGGACCUUUGGGGUGAAGUGUAACCUCUCCCUCUUAUAGAUGAGGAAUCAGGACUAAUACCAUUGUCUUCAUAGUCCAAUGUUCUCUCCAUUAUAUCAUGCUGGUUCACUACAUUGUCAUUUGAGACUACCAUAGCCCCAUUUGCUCUGCCAAGACCAUACACUGGGUGUUAGAGGGCUCAGGCUCAUUUACUGGAUGGAUUAAUGUGUUUUGUCCUUGGGUACACGUUCAGGUAGAAUUUAUUUUAAACAAAGUCAAUACCCAAGGCAAAUAACAACAAUAAUAAUAAUACCAGUAAUAAUAUUUGGUAUCUCUGAUAGCACUUUAAUCCUCUUCAUGGCAUUCAAUUGAUCCUCGUGAUGUCCUUGUGAUAUAAGAAGAGCCAUCCUCAUUUUACAGAGGGGGAAACUGAGGCACAAAGAGAUCAAAUGUCCAAGUUCACAUUCCUGGAUUUGAAACCUAAGAGAAUAGAAAUAUCUGUUUCCUAGUGCGGUACUUAUACCAAUACCUAAUGAGAACUGAGACUGAUGAACCAAAGAAAAAUUUGUCAUCAGUGUUACUGACUUUGUAGUGGAUUGGGAUAGAACUGUGCUGUUAAAUGCAGAGCGACUUUCAAUAACUUAAGGUUGAGAGAAGUUUCAAGGCAGUGGGAAGGGCAUCCCACUUAGGUUUGUUUGCCUCAGGGGCAGCAGCUCUUUUGAAUGGGGAUCUAAGUUUGGGUUCAGCUUCUGCUUUUAGCCGCUACCCUAAGUCUGCUGUGAUCCCAAGAAUUCCAUGGGGUAAGAUGUAUUUGAGAAAACAACCAGGGCCACCAGCACCAUGAAGUGAGGCAGGGGCAGCACCUGGAAGGGUCCAGCAAUCUCUCCAGCCUUUUCUCAGCUUGGGGACCUAUAAAGCAGGAAUGUGGUCCAGCUGAGCCAUCACCUUCUCACAGAACAGCCCCAAUCUCAGGACCCGUGACCCUUAUACUGGGGUGGUUCAUAGGAGAAAGAAACCUCCUUCCCUCCUUCCCUCAUCUGCCAGCUAGUUCUCUCAGCCUCAGGGAGGCUGGCUGCCACAGUGGUCUCCACCAUGAGGUAGGAUGCUAAAGAAGGUCUGUUCGUGUGUAAGGCUUCUUGUUUCUGGCUAUUCUGGGAAAAGACAACUUUGCCUGGGAUGGUUUCGACAGGCAUCAGAGCUAGCUCAAUAAGGUGAGCUCUGUUGCAUGGUAUGGUUCCCUUCCUGGACUUUUCUGAAUGUUCCUUUAGAAAGCCAUAACUCUUCUUAAAAACCUUUUUUUUGGUUGAACUGUGAUAUACAUGUGUACAUAUAAAUAUAUAUAUAUAUAUAUAUUUUAAAGAAAUCUGUCAGUUAAUCUCAGUGACUGUCAAAAAUAGGUUGUUCUGUUGUAUGGUUUCAAGUUGAUGCAAAAAACAAAACAAAAUAAAAUGAAACCCUGAAAAAAACAUGUAAGAAAAUUGAGAAAAACAUGAACAAAAAUUCCAGAGGAACUACCUGGAAUUUUUUUGUUCCUUGUCUUAUCUGGCGGUAAAUAUUCUAUGUGGUUCCCUUCCCCUUAUCUCCUGCUGAGUAUUUAGCCUCUGAGUCCCACAAGGAUGGGUAUCCUUAUAUCUGCUCCUGCCAAAGCGGGCUCUUUGUGGCAGCAGAAGUGAGGUUGUCACAGUGCUGGGCCCUGUGGAUUCUUGCAAUCUGUUUGUCCCCAGUUCUUUCCAUACUCCCCAAAUAAGAGACUUUUCUUACUGAAGAGGAAAAAUGAAACUUGGGGAUAUUUCCUUCAAUGGAAAAUAAUGCUCCUAUGAUGUGGAAGAAUUGGAUGUGUUUAUGGACCCUAGUCUUUUGCUAAGAAUAAACCUCUCUUUAUUUCUUAGUGUUUUUUAGGGGUAAGAGGAGAGAGUUUAUCUCAAUUAAAGGGGGAAAGAAAGUCAAUGUGUCUUUUAUUUUCCUGGAACCAGUUUGCAAAAAUUUUCCUGUGUAAUACUAUCUCAGAGGUGUGAACCUGAGGCCUGGUGCUGCUAAAGCCAUGCCUAAAACUGUAAUCAGGGUAUUUUUGCUUCUGUCACUGUGUUUGAAAGGCCAUUAAUUCUACCUAAUAAACUGAAUCCCAAAGUUUCAUCUGGAAAGAGAA